UAUGAAAAGUCUUCAGUAUUCGCUGCUCAUCGUCAUAUAUAUGGCUAUAUUGGGAAUUUUUAACUGCGAGGCCAGAGUUUGGAGGCCUCCACCGCCACCAGGACGAAAUCCUUUUGAUUUCAAACCCUCACCAUUUAAUCCGAGCAAAGGUUAACUAAAAAUAAAUAAUAACUAAACGCAAAAAAAAUAAAACUUAA